AUGACGUAUUCUUUCCCUGUCUGUCCAGUUUUUGGCAUACUGACAGCUGACUUUGCCAGUGGUCUUGUGCAUUGGUGUGCUGAUACCUGGGGAAGUGUACAGUUACCCAUUAUUGGAAAAGCCUUUAUCCGCCCAUUCCGCGAACAUCAUAUUGACCCAACAUCAAUCACUAGGCAUGACUUCAUUGAAACUAAUGGUGAUACAUUUGCAGCCACUGUACCCUUCAUGUUGUACAUGUCUUAUAAGUUCUGCUAUUACACCAAUGAGCAGAUAAGGGACACAUAUAACUGGGAGUGUUAUGUAUUUUUACUGGCAAUAUUUGUUAGCAUGACAAAUCAGUUCCAUAAAUGGUCACACACUUACUUUGGUUUACCUUGUGGGCCAAAAAAGUUGAUUAACUGUGAUUUCGGAAUUCAUCCACCUGAGGAGACAAAGGGUUUCCAGAAACCUGUGUCUGGGUUCAAGCCACUACAUAUUUUUAUUUAUUUUAAUUUUUGGCUUCUGAGAUGA